ACAGGAACUGAUCACGGGCUUUUUGAAACUCUUGUUAUUCUUCUGUCAAUGCUUCAACUCCAGGAUGAACAAGGGUGGUAGGACCCCAAAGACAUAUGUGUCCACGUUCCGGCUGGACCUCAAGCCUGCCAGGCCUUGCUGUGCAGAAAUGCCCAAAGAAAAUGGACUUGAUCCCAGCAAAAGGAUGGUUCUUGUAAACAGCGAGUUGGGAAUCUCAUCCUCAACAGGAAGAAAGGAAGUUCCCAGGAGGAGCAAAGAAGGGCCACCUGGGGAGUUCACAUACAGGGAGGUGAAACCUGCAGGCACGCAGCACCGUUCAGCAUCUGAAGACGAGAGCUCCCACAGAGAAGAAAAGGAGACAGAGCGGAUUGUGGCGUUUUUAGACUCCCCUGAGCAGGCUGAGGUGCGGGUGGGAGAACAGGUCCGACUACACUGUGCGUUCAGGAGCGUGUGUGUCCCGGUGGCCUGCUGCUGGAUUCAUAACAGAAAGAGGGUGGUUGGUGCAGGGCCGCGGACCUGUGUCCAGAGCAGUGAGGCUGAGAGCAGCGUGAAGAUAUCUCAGGCCUGUUCAGAGGACGCAGGCUCUUACACUGUGGUAGUGCGAAACCGACGAGGCACUGCCCAGCAUACAAUCUCCCUCGGUGUCAUCGACCGUCCCCAUCCUCCAUCAUCUCAGCCUGUCAUCUCCCAGCUGUCCACCCAGUCAUUAGUCCUGUCCUGGACGGGCCCCGGCUAUGACGGAGGCUCCGCUGUCUUGGGCUACAUAGUGGAAGUCAGGCAAGAGGGCGCUGACAAGCCUGGGAUCUGGACUGAGCUGACCACCCGCUGUAAGAACACAUCUUACCGUGUACAUUCAGGCCUGGAGGCCUUGGGGGAGUACUGCUUCCGCGUCAGGGCCUAUAACGCUGCAGGUGUCAGUGAACCAGGCCAAGAGUCCGACUGUGUCAAGAUGGCAUCUGCAAGAGAAAAGAAAGGGGAACCCAUAGAGUACAUCACAGUGGUCACUGACACCACACAUAAAGUCAAGGACCACUACAACGUGCAUGAGAAGUUGGGAGUAGGAAAGUUCGGCCAGGUGUUUCGGCUGACCCACAAGGAGUCGGGUCAGGAGUGUGCGGGGAAGUUCUACCGAGGCCAGAGCUCCAAGGAUAAGACGGCAGCCCGAGAAGAGAUUGAACUGAUGAACUGUCUCCACCACCCUAAACUGGUGCAAUGUCUGGCGGCCUAUGACACGCGCUCUGAGCUAGUCAUGGUCAUGGAAUACAUUGCAGGUGGGGAGCUGUUUGAGCGCAUUGUGGAUGACAACUUUGAGCACACAGAGCCAACCAGCGCCCGCUACAUGCAGCAGAUCCUGGAGGGCAUGCAAUAUGUCCACAAGCAGAACAUUGUUCACCUCGAUCUCAAGCCGGAGAACAUCGUUUGUGUGGACACUACUGGAACGCGAAUUAAGAUCAUUGACUUUGGCUUAGCCAGUAAACUGGAGCCAGGUAAAAGGCUGAUGGUUAUGCAUGGGACACCUGAAUUCGUGGCUCCUGAGGUGAUAAAUUUUGAGCCUGUGGGUCUGAAAACUGACUUGUGGAGCAUUGGAGUCAUCUGUUUCAUCUUGCUAAGUGGUGAGUGUCCCUUCCAAGGGAACAACGAUGCAGAAACGCUGGCCCUGGUCACCGCUGCCCACUACGAGUUUGAUCAAGAGAGCUUCGAGGCCAUCUCUGACCAAGCCAAGGAGUUCAUUAGCGCCCUGCUCAAUAAAGAUCAGAGAUGCCGGCUGUCGUGUGACAAGGCCCUGGCCCACCCCUGGAUGGCCUCUUUCACCGCUCUGAAACUCGGUCCCACCAAAUCCCUCAACAAGGGGAAGAUGAGACGUUUCCUGGCCAAGCGCAAGUGGAAGAAAACAGGCAAGGCUGUUCUGGCCCUUCAGCGGAUGGCUAACCUUUCCAACAGACCAGACUCUCCUGGCAGCCCCACAGACGAGUCUUGCUGGAGUGAAGAGGCAGAAGAGGCCAUCCAGUCCCUCGACAAGCUGCUCCAUAUUGAGCCUCGGUUCCCGCGGCCCCUGAAGGACGCCACGCUACCAAAGGGAGCUACUGCCAAGCUAACAUGCCAUGUCAAUGGCUACCCACCACCAGAGGUGGAGUGGCUUCAGAAUGGGGAACUGGUGGGCGAGUCGUCCAGAGUGACCUUGGAGCAAGAUGAGGAUGGCGUCUGUUCUCUGGUCCUUUCUGACCUGGGGCCCUCUGACUCUGCGGUUUACAAGUGCAGGGCCACCAAUGUCCUGGGCAAAGCAAUAUGCUCUGCCAAACUGACGGUGGAGCUGUAAAGGGAAGAGACCCGAGGCAAACCAGUGAAGGUACUGGUGGUGCCCGGACAAGUGUGACAAUAGUUGCCCUCAUUUAGAGGAGGACUCCUCUUGGCGAUUCUAGAAGGAUUUUCAAUGGAAUUAUGAUAGCCCUGGACAUUUGCAUUGGCUGUGAACUCUAAGAUGGAAAAACAAGCAAGCAUGCAGCUGCUUCAACCUACUUUCAAGGGGAAUAGACUUCAAUGGUCAAAGGAUUGGGUUUUGGCACAACCACUCAUCUUUUUGUUACACACAUCACCUGUUAUCACUUCGACUGUUUUCUUUAGUAACUGUUAUGCUGGGUUAUAAACACACAGGUGGUUCAAAUUAAAACGAUAUACUAUUGUAAUUACUUGGCACUGUUCACUGCACCAUUUUUGUCAAAACCCUUUUGAUUUUUAAAGCUUUUGUUUUUUAAUGCUUUUAUACAUUUCAGUUUGAUUGGAAAUAAAAUGGAAACUUGGCAUUAGACUGAAUUUUAAACACUACAGCGUUGUUUUGAAACGAUUCACCCCAUGGUAAUGAGCCAAUGUCCACAAUAAAGGUAAAUGAUGUUCUCAGAAAGGCAUAUGGUGACGAGUCGUUUAAAAUCACUGUUCGUUGUCCCUGUGGAAUGGCCACAAACACAUGUCUAAUUCAUGGAGCACCCACUUCCCUCAGGUAUAUUUAAGAUGAGUUGUAUGGAAAAAUAACAUUUGAAAUAAGCUGUGUGUUUGUUGCUGAACUUCUUACCUAGAGUUUUCUUUAGUGUACAGAGGUCGAUGCCAAAGACCCAAGUCAAAACAAAUUUGUUUCUGGGUAACAAUUUGUAAUAUUGGGCUAUACAAAUUGACUUAACAUUGCUACAGGGCAGCUAGCUAGCUAGAUGGAUACUGACCUACUUAAUUACUUUCAUUUUGUAUUUGAAUG